GUGGGCGCAUUUUGAGCUGGGCGGGACUUCCGGUUUCUGGUAUAACCUUGUGAGGCCUCCCCAUGCGGUUUUUGAUUCACUGUUGUAGGCGCGUCGAUUACUCUGCAGGUCGACAAGAUGUCUGAGAACGAUGUCGACAAUGAGCUGCUCGACUACGAAGAUGACGAUGAACCUCAAAGAGCACCCGAGGGUGGAGCCCCCACCGGCAAGAAGGACGUGAAGGGAUCCUAUGUUUCAAUCCACAGUUCGGGCUUCAGGGACUUCUUGCUCAAACCUGAGUUACUUCGUGCCAUCAUUGACUGUGGCUUUGAACAUCCAUCUGAAGUCCAGCACGAAUGCAUCCCACAAGCCAUCCUGGGCAUGGACAUCCUUUGCCAAGCCAAAUCGGGUAUGGGCAAGACAGCCGUGUUUGUUUUGGCCACUCUUCAACAGCUUGAACCAGUCGAUGGACAGGUAGCAGUGUUAGUCAUGUGCCACACGCGAGAGCUGGCCUUCCAGAUCAGCAAAGAAUACGAGCGCUUCUCCAAGUACAUGCCCGCGGUCAAAUCGGUGGUGUUCUUCGGAGGGCUGCCCAUCAAGAAUGACGAGGACGUGCUGAAAAAGAACUGCCCCCACAUCGUGGUUGGAACGCCGGGCCGCAUCCUGGCUCUCGUCCGCAACAAAACGCUCAGCCUGAAGAACGUCAAGCAUUUUGUCCUGGAUGAGUGUGACAAAAUGUUGGAGCAUCUUGACAUGCGGUGUGACGUCCAGGACAUCUUCAGAAUCACGCCCCACGAGAAACAGGUCAUGAUGUUUAGUGCCACGCUGAGCAAGGAGAUCCGACCGGUCUGUCGCAAAUUCAUGCAGGACCCCAUGGAGGUGUUUGUCGACGACGAAACCAAACUGACGCUGCACGGCCUGCAGCAGUACUACUGCAAGUUGAAGGACAGUGAGAAGAACCGCAAGCUCUUUGACUUGCUCGAUGUCUUGGAGUUUAACCAGGUGGUGAUCUUUGUCAAGAAAAUCCAGCGCUGCAUCGCCUUGUCGCAGCUUCUGGUGGAGCAGAAUUUCCCUGCCAUCGCCAUCCACAAGGGGAUGGCUCAGGAGGAGAGACUGUCGCGCUAUCAGCAAUUCAAAGACUUCCAAAGACGCAUUUUGGUGGCUACCAACCUCUUCGGCCGAGGGAUGGACAUCGAGCGAGUCAAUAUCGUUUUCAACUAUGACAUGCCAGAAGAUUCAGACACUUACUUACACAGGGUCGCCCGCGCCGGUCGAUUUGGCACCAAAGGUCUGGCUAUAACCUUUGUGUCGGACGAGAGCGACGCCAAGACUCUGAACGACGUGCAGGACCGUUUUGAGGUCAACGUGGCCGAGCUGCCCGACGAAAUCGACAUCUCCUCUUACAUUGAGCAGUCCAGAUGAAUGAGCCUUGCAGACAUCGCCUCGCCGCGGAUCUCGUCCUGUCCUUGGCCUUCGAUGUACUUUUUUUUUUAAUGCUCCGCUCAUUGCCUCUCAUCAAACUUUAUUGUCAGUUUUGAGGACUUGGUGUAUGAUUGGUUUUAUUUGUGUUUUUAUGAGUUGUUUUUUUGGUCCCUUCAUUGAAAGUAAACUUUGUAUAAAAAUAAUCAUAGACC